GAACAUCAAACUCUUGGCUGACAUUUUGUGAAACAAGGAGGUUAGAAUAGAUAAUAGAUAUUCUCCUUGGUUUAAAAACGGGAACCAUUUUUUACUUCGUUACAUUCGGUUCUUAUCAGAGGAGAAAGAUCAUGGCGUUUUUUAUGUGUGAGGUUUGGAAAAAAUUCGUUGAGACAAAAGCGUGAAAUGGGCUUGAGCCUAAAAGCUCAUGGUAAAUAACUUGGCGAUGAAAUAAGUGGUUGAUCAUUCUACAACAUAGAAAAAAUCGCAACGGCUCCUGUUUGUUCUCCUGUACGUCGUAAAUAUUUCCUCGAAACAUUGCUGUAGUUAUAAAAUUGUUUAAUCUCUUUCAUAUUUAAUUUGAAGCAAUGAAUGGACAAACUAAACUACAUGAGUGCUAGGGUGACAAAUCAUGAGAGUCCGAAAUACAACAAACUUAUUUCUCAUGAAAUGUAUACCUGAAAACCAUGCUUUUAGUAUGAGGUUCUAGAUCUGUCUUCUGUGUAAUAUGUAUUAGCAUUUCAUAUAACAUAUGCAUGCACCAAUUGCUUUGCUUAGCUCUGAGCAUUCCAGGUUUCAUCCUGAAAUUGUAACAUUUCUCAGAAUGACAUGAAUAAGUGAUAAGUUCUUGAUUCCAAAGUGACCCUCUCAGUUUUUCCAAUAUAUUUCAGUACAACGUAUAUUGGAAAAUAUCGUGUAGAAAGAAACUCCUUAAAACAGUUCGUACCUACUCAACAGAAAGUGAGGUAGGUAAAAGUCAUUUAAAACAAAAGGGUGAAUUAAACCCACCUUUACUUUUAAAUGCACCGUGUGAUAUAACCAUGGUGUGAAGUAUGUAAUAAAUCAUUUGCUGGUAACUCUAGUUUCAAAGUCCACAUGCUUAUUUACACAAAAGAGAAAGCUCAUGUAAUCUGUGUGUAACAAGUCAUUUAGACUAAAGGGUUUAAACAAUCAUAUAUGUAUUGACUCCCGAAAGAAACCUUGUGCAUGGGAUAUGUAGAUGGUGUGGUUCUUUCAACAAACAUCUGCAUGUACAUACAGCAGGAAAAACUCAUGUGUAAGGUAUGUAAGAGUUCAUUUGGAUGAAAGAGCAUUUUAAACGUGCAUUUGCUUAUUCACGCAGGAAAGAAACUUCACGUAUGUGAAAUAUGUAAAAGUCAUUUACUCAAGAGGCACUUUAAUGAACAUAUUUACACAGGAAAAAAUGUCAUCUGUGUGAGCUAUGUAACAAGUCAUGUACUCAAGAAGGUUAUUUAAAUAAACAAAUGCUUAUUCACACAGGAAAGAAACCUCAUGUCUGUGAGGUAUGUAACAAGUCAUUUGUUCAAGCUAGUUUUUUAAACAAGCAUAAGCAUAUUCACACAGGAGAGAGACCUCAUGUGUGCGAGAUAUGUAAUAAGUCAUUUAUUGAAAAAAGUCGUUUAAAAACCCAUAUGUUUAUUCACACAGGAGAGAAAGCUCAUGUUUGUGAGGUAUGUAAUAAGUCAUUUUCCCGUAAGAGUUAUUUAAAAAGCCAUAUGCUUAUUCACACAGAAAAGAAGCCUCUGUGUGAAGUAUGUAACAAGUCGUUUGUAGUAACUAGUUAUUUAAAAGCCCAUAUGCUUAUUCACACAGGAGAGAAAUCACAUGUCUGUGAAGUAUGUAAAAAGUCAUUUGUUGGAACUAGUUAUUUAAAAACCCACAUGCUUAUUCACACAGGAGAGAAACCUCAUGUGUGUGAGGUAUGUUACAAGUCGUUUGUUCGAAGUAGUUCUUUAAAAACCCAUAUGCUUAUUCACACAGGAGAGAAACCUCAUGUGUGUGAAGUAUGUAAUAAGUCAUUUGUUGAAAAGUCAUGUUUGAACAACCAUAUUCUUAUUCACACAGGAAAGAAACCUUAUGCAUGUGAGCAAUGUAAUAAGUCCUUUACUCAAAAAGCUCAUUUAAAUGACCAUAUACUUAUUCACUCUGGAAAGAAACCUUUUAUGUGUGAGGUAUGUAACAAGUCAUUCACUCAAAAAGCUAAUUUAAACAGACAUAUGCUUAAUCACACAGGAAAGAGACCUCAUAUGUGCGAGAUAUGCAAUAAGUCAUUUGCUCAAAAACAUAGUUUAAACAGACAUAUGCUUAAUCACACGGGAGAGAGGCCUUAUGUAUGUGAGAUAUGUAAUAGAUCAUUUACUGAGAAACAUAGUUUAAACAUACAUAGGCUUAAUCACACCGGAGAGAGACCUUAUGUGUGUGAGAUAUGUAAUAAAUCAUUUGCUCAAAAAGUUAGUCUAAACAAACAUGUAUUUAUUCACAUAGGAGGGAAACCUCAUGUUUGUGAGAUAUGUAAUAAGUCAUUUAGUCUCAAACGGAAUUUGGAAAAUCAUAUACUUAUUCAUACUGGAGAAAAACUCUGUGAGUUUCGUAUGUAACAUAUCACUUGGAUGAUAAAAGAAUUGAAAGAUGCAUGCCUACGGAAUACGAAAGUAAUUCUCUGUGCACAUGUGUGUGUUAAUAAGAAACCUUACUUAUCUGUGCACUAAUGAUUUCUCCAUGCUAUAAGUCUUUGAUGAGGUGUGUUUAACUUGUUUUUUAUCACAAUUCUUAAUAAAUCAUUUACUUUUUCCACAAGAGGAAAACCUCAUUUUCACGAGAGUCAUUUUAAAGUAUUCCUGAUUUAAAAAAGUCUUUUAUUAUUUUUGUUAUUUAGUUAGUUAUGAAAGGUUUAAAACAGCUUAUUCGAACAGUGAAAAGUUAGAGAUUGAUUAUACUGUUCUGAACCAGGAAAUUUAUUGAUAUGACAUUUCUAUGUUUCAGGUACUGUCAUGAAAUGUUUGAAACAGUGAACAUUUUCAUUUAAAUAGAAAUUUCAUUUAUAUUUUGCACUCUAAUCCACUUUUCACUGCAUUUUUGUAAAAAGUAUGAAAUUUUAAAUAUAUUGUUUUGUGAUAUCUUUA